UUCUAUUUUUUUUUUUCGAUUUUUUCGGAAUUUUUACCGAAUUUUUGUUUGUUUUUUUUUGGGCCGCUCGCGUGCGCUGUGCAUAUUGGAAAUCGCUUGCCCACAUUUACCACCCAUUUUGCCCAGCAAAAGCAAACGGCAAAUAACAAAAAAAAACAUUCGGGGAAUUCUAAUUGAGUGCGCGCUAAUGCGUUAAACUGCUAGCCAAUUUAUAUUUUAAAGCCAAAGUGAAAAGGGCUGUUGUGGCCCAUUGGCUGCUGUUUGUUACUGUUUCGCUUUCUAUUUGAGUGGAAAUUACAUCCAUAAUUACGCCUAAUCAGUCGAUUACUGUCAUCGCAAACAAGCAGCUAUCCGCAGACUCACCGCGGCGUUUGAUGACCACACAAAUGAGUGCCAGAUCGAACUGAGACCGAUUUGGGAUAAGACACGCUCCCCCAAUUACCUGUCACUGACCACCCCACUUGGCCAGUUAGCUCAGGAAUCAGCAGCAGCCUGAAAAGUUGAAGCAUCGUCAUCGCAAACAGGGCGAACCUUCACCAUGGGCAAGAAGAACUCAAAAUUGAAGCAGGACACCAUCGAUCGGCUGACAACAGACACAUACUUCACUGAAAAGGAAAUUCGUCAAUGGCACAAGGGCUUUCUCAAAGACUGUCCGAAUGGCUUGCUGACCGAACAAGGCUUCAUCAAAAUCUAUAAGCAAUUCUUCCCCGACGGAGACCCCAGCAAAUUUGCCUCCCUGGUCUUUCGUGUCUUCGAUGAGAAUAAUGAUGGCGCCAUUGAGUUCGAGGAGUUCAUUCGGGCCCUGUCCAUCACAUCACGCGGAAAUCUGGACGAGAAGCUGCACUGGGCUUUCCGUUUGUACGACGUGGACAACGAUGGCUACAUAACCCGCGAGGAGAUGUACAACAUAGUGGACGCCAUCUACCAGAUGGUAGGACAACAGCCGCAGACGGAGGACGAGAACACGCCGCAGAAGCGGGUGGACAAGAUCUUCGAUCAGAUGGACAAGAACCACGACGAUCGACUGACGCUGGAGGAGUUCCGCGAGGGCAGUAAAGCUGAUCCACGUAUAGUGCAGGCGUUAAGUUUAGGUGGUGAUUAGCCGCGGGACCUGUAGUCGUGCGGUGGAGGAGGGGCGGGGAGGGAGCGAUAGUGACGUUGAUGGGAGGCAACAACGAAUCAAGGAUCACGAUCAGGAUCAGGAUCAGGAUCAGGGUCAAAGGUCGCCCCACAAGCACGUUAACACACCACGCCCACGUGUACCAUAUGCCAUUUGACCUUUUGGGGGGCAGCUCGAUAGCCCCCCUCCUCCCCCUUCCACACACACACCCACACACCAUCACACACACAAACACAAACACACACACAGAGUUUAGCCCCUUGGGAACUCGUCUUAAGUGAAAUUCCAACUAAUAGCAAAUUAUUUACGCAUAUUUACAUGAUUUUCCUAAUAACAACAAACAUCGCAGCCGCAUAAAGCUGAAAACAAAAAACAAAAUUGGUUAAUGAACAAUUCGUAAAUACGAAAGCAAAACAACACCAAUUUAAGUCGAAAAAAGUCGCUUUUUUAAAAACAUAUUUAAUGGAUGAAUAUAGGUAUUGAAUAAAUGAAAACCUACAUAAAUUAACUAUAAGGCACUUGCUCUAUGAUGAUCUUAGGCAUUUUUAUUGAAAUGCUUGCCAAGCAAACGAGAAACUCCAAUUGACAACUAUCGCAAAGAUUCGCCGAUUAAUUAGGCCGGUGAAUAGUUGCAAUUUUUUUUUUUGCGAAAACCAACAACUAGAGUGCAGUGAAGCUACAGCUACUCGAUCCAAAAACCUAGAUAAUACAUACUGCAGCAUAAUACUAAGCUGGUACUAAUGCCUACAAUAUCUACAUAUAUACUGGUACUUGUACCGAUACUAAUUCGCUAUUGGCUUAGAAGCCACUCAAUUGUUAGUUUCUUUUUAUUUGCCAGGCCAGCUGUUCUAACUGUUGAUAAUCGAACGUGUUGAUAAUCGAAAUUGAAGCUACAAUUAAGCCAAAGACGCCACACACUGACACACUCUGUCCUAUUUACGCUCAAGCUAAUCAAGAUAAUCGCAUCGACUCUAUUAACUCAAAGUCCUUAAGAGUCCUUAAAAUUGGUGGACAAACAUGCAUGUGGAUAACGUAGCGCUAUGAAGCAUGCGGCUUGUGUACUCCUCCUGGUUGCCCCCCCAAAUCUUUAGUCUCCAUUCUCCAUUCUUUCCCCCCAUUGAGCUUGACAAUCAAUCUGAUUUUGCUGCGAACCAUCUAAUGGUUCCACUCACCCGUUCACCUCAAGAUUUCAUGUCAUCAGGGGCACAGGAGGAGGGCACUCUUUGAUAGAGGAAGAAUCUUUGAUAGAACUUUAAUCCUUUUCUAUGUGUUUAAUGUGCAUGCCUUACCAGAGCAACGAUAAUAUCAAAUUGUGUAUUUCUACCUGUAUUUGUACUUGUUUUUACACCUCACCAGAGCUUGAAAAUAUAUCGUAUUGGGGGAAAUCCCUAUAAUGCCUUACCAAAAAACAAACGAAAACUAUCGCCCAGUCAUUGACUCACUCUCUAUCUCUCUCUCUCUCUCCAUCUCUCUCAAUCUCUCGCCAUCUCUCUCCAUCUCUCUCUAUCGCUCCAUCUCUCUCUGAUACACACGUAUGAUUUUCGAUUUGAUUAUCCUUUUCGUUUGAUGAGCAUCUUCUUCUGCUUCUAAUUCAUAAGAAGAGCCAUCUAAUCACCAUGCUAAAAUAAUUUCUAUAUUUUAUAUGUGGUUCAGCUUUAGAUUGUAAAGGAAACGUUAUUGUAAAGUUAUUAUCUCAGUAGCCAGUCAACUGAACACGUUUAUAAUAUCCAUAUCCAAUUAUUCCUAUCCAUCCCAUCCAAUAUACAAGUAUCGCCCUCAUCAGCAUUAAAUCCGAAUUGUAGUGUUGCAUUGUAGAAACUCCAAAUUGAGAGCUUCCCGAUUAGAAAACCAAAAAAUUUCACCGAAAUCGAUAUGCUAGCCAAAGACUUUUGCUUUGUCGCUGAGGUUUCAGAUUGGAUCGGCCCUAGAUAAUGCUUGUCUCAUCUUUUCUGACACCGAUAUCCCGAUUCCGAUUCCGAUUCCUAAUCCGAUUCCCAAAUCCGAUUCCAAAUCCGAUUCCGAGGUUUCCAUCAUAUAUUUUUUUGAUUGCCCAGCACCCGAUACAUAUUUCUAGUUGUACACUCGUAUUUAAAUAUACCUAGAUAAUGGCCAAAUAAAUUGAUAUACACACCUAUAUAUAGAGAGAGAAAUAUAUAUAUAAAUACAUAUAUAUAUAUAUAUAUAUACACACACAGAUAUUGAUAAUUAUAUAUACAUAUAUUAUUAUAUAGAAGUCCCCAUUUGUAUUUUACUUGUGCAAUUUGCAAAUUGUUUUUGCAUAGAUUUAUUGUUGGAAACGAUUUGAAUUUAAGAAGACACUCACACUUACACUGCACAAGAUUGCAUGCCUUUCUGUCCUCGAAAAAAAUAAAAAUAAAAAACGAGUAAAUCAAGCGAAGCUGAGAAGAUAUCGAUAUCUAAAUAUAUGAAACUAUGAGUAUACCUAUACAUAUGUGCAACAGAUACAAAUCAACAGGUCGAUGGAAAACCACACUAAAACCAACUGCAGCAACAAUCAAUUUUCGCGCUUCUUACACACAAAACUUUAAAUUAUUGUGAGCUACAUAUAUUGUACAUACAACGACGAAAAGUUGAGGACGCCCCAAAAAAAAAAAGAAUUCAGCAUAGACUAUAAGAAAAUCCCAUACUCAACCACACGUAUUGCUAUAAAAGCCAAUAAGCUUAACAAUAAUCUCAAAAACAUCUUUUGUCGACUACUCUAUUGAUAUGGAUUUUUUUUGGGUAUCUAGUAAGCUACUACAUUGAUAACGUUAAUGAUACUGAUAGCAGAUGAAAACCUUACUUUGUGUGCAUUAUAUUCAACAUAAGCAAUACUUAAUUUAGCAUUCGAAUGCAUUAAGCAAUGUUUAUUAACAAUUAAAUCGAUUCUAAACGUAAAACCCCAAAAUGGAAACUCAUUCUCACACCACACACGCUCUACAUUCUACAUUCUACACACAAACACAUACCUAACAAGUUUUUGGAAUUAUCGCGAAAAGAAUAAGAUAAACUUAAAGCAAACGAAAA